AUGAGGCUGUUCCUCCUCCCGCUCUCAACGCGGAGGACGCUCCUGUACGCCAAGCGCGGCCACAUCAACAAGCAUGACCACGGCUAUGUCGACAGGGCCGCCGACUUUGCCGCCAAGAAGUGGGCUGAGUGGGAGAAGAUGGAGUCUGGCUGGAAGCGCAAGGUGGUCGACUACGGUAACCACGCCUUUCGGCGCAUCCCCUACGAGGAAUGGGGUCUCAAAUCGGUCCCGCCCCUGACGUCCCGCCGCCGCGCCGAAGAGCUUGAGGACCGCAAGAGGGUCGAGGUCGUCUUCCCAUGGUCGGUGAUACCGCCUAACAAUGCAUUGGGUAUCCUCAAGACUCUGGCUACGGAGCGGCAGGCGCUGCAUCGCAAGCGCCUCAUAUGGUGCUGUAUCGGCAUGCCAAUCACGAUUCCAUUCGCAUUGGUGCCUGUAAUUCCCAACCUCCCCUUCUUCUACCUCGUUUACAGAGCCUGGUCACAUUACAGAGCCAUUGCGGGCGGGAAACACAUACAAUGGCUUAUUGAGAACGAAUUGGUCUACUCGGUGCCAUCAAAGACGCUUGAUGAUCUCUAUGCGCUUCACGCACCGCCCGCUGAGGAGCCAGAUAACAAGGAGCGCACUCUCCUAACGCAGAAGGAGGUUCAGACCUUUUCAAAAACCCUCGACAUGCCCGCACUCGAGGUUGAGCUCGAAAGGGCCAUAUGGCAGGUUGAGCAGUCACUCAAAGACCCGUCCGACAAGGGCCCCAACAAGGAGGAGGCAGCCGGCACAGCCUCCGAGAAACCAGGCUCCACCACUCCAGUGGAGGAGAAGAACAAGAAGAAAGACGAAUGA